CUUUGCUUCUUCUCGAUCAUCAACGCAACAAUGGUGCUGCGAAUCACCGUCUUCGAAUCAACUCUUAUUGUGAAAGCGAUUCAGGCAGCCGUGGUGGUUGGAUCUCCGUUGGUGAUAUUCAUUUGGAGACCUGAGGGUCUUAGCGUGCAAUCCAUGCUUACCGAUAAGCUGGAGCAUGGGCAGAACCUCUCUACUCUUCUCAGGCUCGAGGCUCAGACAUUCAGCUCCUAUGAAUCUACAGAUCAAUACUUCAGUGCAGUUGUUGAACGUGUCGACCUCGAAGCAGUAUUUUUGACUGCCCAAGAUGCCGAACACAUCGAGUUUUCCCAAUCUGAUGAAGACAAUAAACUGAAUGACUUUGGUUACUUGCGUGCUCACUUCAACAGGCCUGUAGGAGCUUACGAUGAGAACUACAUUUCCUUGAAAAUAUAUGGUACCUUUUCUGAGAGCAUGCUACGAAGUGCUGAUGUAUCAGCUGAUCCAUCUUUCCUUCCACUUCUCCCUCUGGCUGCAAUUAGUGGACUCGCUUUUGCAGACGCGCUAGCAGUUAUGGAGAGCAUGUCAGGGACUGUUCGUAUAACUAUUAGAGGAGGACUAGUAUCUUUCUCUCCUGUUGGUAAAAGUUUGGUGCCACUGACACUAGAGUCGAGGAGUGGGGUGAUUUUUACGAGGGAGGAUCUUUAUAGAGGACCAGUUGAUCUUGAGAUCCAAUUUCCAUUCGUGAACAUACAUGCUGGUGCGAAACUCUCGGCUGUAGUUUUUAUAUGUAAACGGACAAAAAAUGUGAGGUUGGUGUGGCUUAAGCUUGAAAGAACGCGGUAUCGUUUAUAUGGAGAUAUCAUUUACUACUUGUAUUGA